AUGCAUUUAGUGCGGGUGCUGUGUGUAUUAGUGUUUGGAUAUUGUACUGUGGCUAUAGAGGUAGAAUAUAACACAGAUGACGCUCCACGUUUGGAUAUCUCAAACCUGGAGAAUGGCUACCAUGGUAUAGUGAAAGAAAAUGAAACGGUUGUGGAGGUGACGCCUCCAAUAAGGGCAACUGGGUCUGAAGUAUGUCGGUUUCGUAUCGUUAACAAACACCACGGAGAAGCUCCGUUCGAAAUUGAGCUCAGAGAAGAUGGACAUGCUGAGCUCAGAGCUCGGAGGAGCCUCAACUGCGAGAAACGAAAGAACUACAAGUUUGAUAUUGCUGCAGUCGGGUGUAACUUGAAACAGAGUGUGAGUGCAACCGUACAUAUCACAGUAUCAGACGUCAAUGAGUACGCACCAACUUUCACCGAACCCAGCUACGUCAGACAAGUGGAUGAAGGUAGAAUCUAUCCAGAGAUAGUACGUGUUGAAGCCACCGACAGAGACUGUACUCCCAAAUUUGGUGACGUAUGCAAAUAUGAAAUUUUGACUUCGGACCAACCGUUUGUAAUCGAUAUGGAUGGUGUCAUCAGGAACACUGAGCCUUUGGACUAUGAACGCUCCCACAACCACAUCUUGAGCGUUAUCGCUUACGAUUGCGGGAUGCGUCAGUCUUUUCCAGCUUUGGUGACGAUCAAAGUUAAUCGAGUGUGCAGGCUAGGAUGGCGAGGACUUCCUGAACGUGUGGACUAUGCUCCUAUGACAGGGAAACAGGAAUUGUUCCCCAGCGCCACCUUGGAAUUGUGCGACGUGCCUUGUAAUGUCAGAGAGUUGAGAGCUAGAGUUGACCUACAAACAAGGCACAUUGGAAAAGGUUGUGAUAGAGACACCUACUCAGUGCAAUCGCAACGUAAACUUUGCGGAGCAUCUCCAUCAGCUAUUGAUCUUUUACCAUCACCUGGUGCUGGAGCUGAAUGGACAAAACCAUUGAUUUCUGACGAAGGUCACGAAUCUGAUCAAAUGUUCGAAUUUGAUGGCAGUAGCACUGCAGUAUCAAUCCCUAACUCAGUUUUGGACCAUAAUUUGCCAGCCACCUUCACUAUCGCAACCUGGAUGCGACAUGGCGAACAUAACGGGCAGGAUAAGCAUGUUAAAGAGCAUAUUUUGUGUUCUGCUGAUGACCACAAAAUGAACAGACAUCACUAUGCUCUAUUCGUCAGGAAUUGUCGUUUGAUUUUGCUGUUGAGACGUGACUUUUCCGAGGGAGAUUUGAACAUUUUCAGACCUGCCGAAUGGAGGUGGAAGAUUGGACAGGUUUGUGACGACCAAUGGCAUCACUACGCCAUCAACGUCCGUUUCCCCGACGUAGAACUCUACGUAGAUGGACAACUUUUCCGCAGUGAAAAGAAAAAUCCAGAAGUCAUCGAUGAUUGGCCUCUGCAUCCCACCAAAGGCAUCAACACCACUUUGACUGUUGGCGCCUGCUGGCAGGGCUCCGAUAACAAGAUGAAGCACCACUUGAAAGGGUACUUGGCCGGAUUGAGCGUGCUCGUCGGCGAAAAUGAAAAACCUGAAGUUCUUAGCUGUUUGCAUCAGUGCAAGGAGAGUUUGCAGGUACCAAGCAUGGAACUUCUCCAACCUGGCAUGGAACUGCUGACCAACUCUGAUUUAACCGAAGUCACUGUAGAAGGCGACAAUCGUACCAACUUGGAAAUUUUAGUGCGCAAAAUUGGCUAUGCCAACACCAGAGAAUUCCCCACUCCUGGCAGGAGAAAUUUGAAACUUUCCACCACUGUAACCUGUGAUAAUGGAAAACCAAUCAAAGUUCCUGAUGCAUCAACUUAUGUAAUGGUCUUAAGACCCCAAACCCCCAGCAUAAACUUGAAUGGCACUGUCAACAUGGCAAGGAAGUAUGAAGAUUUUAGAAUGGGCGUAAGAGUAUUGGCCGAUAUUCAUAUUACUGGUGAACAAAAACUGGACAAAUGCCAACUUACAAUUUAUCCCAAUCUUAAUCCUGACCAUGAAAACUUGGCUGUACCCGAAGAAAUGUUGAAACACUUUGGAAUGGCCGCACGUGUUUCUAAAGAUGGAGUCACCAUAAGUGGGUCUGAUAUGGUUUUCAACUACCAACAGGUUUUGAGACAGCUUGUAUAUACUAACAGGAAGCCAGCCUAUUAUCUAAACAGAGUCUUCAAAUUGACCUGCUCUGAAUUAAACGGAAGAUUUACCAGUAAUGAAUAUGUCCAAACGCUCACUGUCAUCCAUCCUCAACCCAAAGAAUCCAUCGUAGCCCACGCCAAAGUGAACAAACACAACGUCGAAGUCAGACCUGCUUCUGUGAUUUCUCACGAUUACGUACAAGCCAGUCAUUUGAACGUGAUGGCUAGCGGUGGCUCUCACGCCGUCACCAUUAUAGUGGUGGUUUGCGUUGGAUUUUUGCUGUUCAUGAUCGUUUUGGGAGUGAUCAGGAUUCGGGCUGCCCAUCAGAAAUCGUCCAGCGAAGAAGCGCAAGACGGCGAAAUGACUUGGGAUGAUUCGGCAUUGACUAUUACUGUUAACCCGAUGGAGAAUGCUGAGCGUAAAAUGGAUCGUCCAGGUUGUGGAUCUGGAGACUACUCCGAAUCUGAACAAUCCGACUCGGAAACUUCUUCUGAUGAAGACGGACCUGGAGAUGGACCUUGUCGCAUUAGAGCUGAUUCUUCAGACGAGGACGACGAAGAAGUCCCAGCAUCCACAAAACGCAAGAGGGACUACCAAAACGUCUCGCAACUGGAAUGGGACAACAGCACAAUGUAA